AUGGGGUGCUGGGUCCCCAGCCCCUGCCCCCCGCCUGCACUGCUCCCGCUCCUGCUCCUGCUGCUGGCGCCCCUUGGGGCCCAACCCCAGGCUGGCAGGAACCACACGGAGCCCCAGGGACCUAACGCCACAGUGCCCUCUGGGGCCCCCACUAUUCCUGGAACCUCCGUGACUCCCAUGACCUCACCCGCGAGCACCCCAGAGGCAGAGGAUCCCCGUGGGGAGGGGCUCACCUCCCCUCUCGGGGCGGCCCCCCCCAGCAGCCCAGGUCGGUCAGUGCUCACCGAGGACGGGCAGCCCUGCCGGUUCCCCUUCCGCUAUGGCGGCCGCCUGCUUCACGCCUGCACCUUGGAGGGACGUGCCCGCAGGAAGUGGUGCGCCACGACUCACAACUACGACCGUGACCGGGCCUGGGGCUACUGCGCGCAGCCCUCCGAGCCCCGGGAGGGCUCAGCCGCUCUGGAUCCCUGUGCCUCCAGCCCCUGCCUCAAUGGGGGUUCCUGCACCAGCACCCAGGACCCUGGGUCCUACCACUGCACAUGCCCCGUGGCCUUCGCUGGCAAGGACUGCGGCAUGGAGAAAUGCUUCGACGAGACCCGCUACCAGCACCUGGAGGCGGGAGAAAGCUGGGCCCGCGUGCACCAGGGCCGAGCGCAGCAGUGCGAGUGCGUGGGCGGCCGGGCGCAGUGUGAGGACACGCCCCACACAGCUUGCCAGAGCAGCCCGUGUCUGAACGGGGGCACCUGCCACCUGGUUGUGGCCACCGGGACCACUGUGUGCGCCUGUCCUCCAGGCCACGCCGGGAGGCUCUGCAACAUCGUGCCUGCCCAGACCUGCUUCGUGGGAAACGGCACCGAGUACCGGGGCGUGGCCAGCACAGCAGCCUCGGGCCUCAGCUGCCUGGCCUGGAACUCCGACCUGCUGUACCAAGAGCUACACGUGGACUCCGUGGGCGCCGCGGCCCUGCUCGGCCUCGGCCCCCAUGCCUACUGCCGGAACCCCGACAAGGACGAGCAGCCCUGGUGCUACGUGGUGAAGGACCAGGCUCUCUCCUGGGAAUACUGCCGCCUGGCGGCCUGCGAAUCCCUCGCCAGAAUCGAGCAGCCACCCACCCAGGCCCUGCUGACCCUGUCUGGGCACGCCCCGGCUGGACGCCACACCUGUGGCAGGCGGCACAAGAAGAGGAACUUCCUCCGGCCUCGCAUCAUCGGGGGCUCGUCCUCGCUGCCCGGCUCCCACCCCUGGCUGGCCGCCAUCUACAUCGGGGACAGCUUCUGUGCUGGGAGCCUCGUCCACACCUGCUGGGUGGUGUCUGCCGCCCACUGCUUCUCCAACAGCCCCCGCAGGGAGAGUGUCUCGGUGGUCCUGGGUCAACACUUCUUCAACCGCACCACGGACGUGACACAGACGUUUCGCAUUGAGAAGUACAUCCCGUACCCCCUGUACUCGGUGUUCAACCCCAGUGACCAUGACCUUGUCCUGAUCCGGCUGAAGAAGAAGGGGGACCGCUGUGCUGUCCGCUCCCAGUUCGUCCAGCCCCUCUGCCUGCCUGAGCCCAGCAGUCCCUUUCCUGCCGGGCACAAGUGCCAGAUUGCGGGCUGGGGCCACCAAGACGAGAACGUGAGUGGCUACUCCAGCUCCCUGCAGGAGGCGCUGGUGCCCCUGGUGGCCGACCACAAGUGCAGCAGCCCCGAGGUGUACGGGGCGGACAUCAGCCCCAACAUGCUGUGCGCUGGCUACUUCGACUGCAAGUCUGACGCCUGCCAGGGGGACUCAGGUGGGCCCCUGGUCUGCGAGAAGAACGGGGUGGCCUACCUGUACGGCAUCAUCAGCUGGGGUGACGGCUGCGGGCGGCUCAACAAGCCUGGCGUCUACACCCGUGUGGCCAAGUAUGUGGACUGGAUCAACGACCGGAUUCGGCCCCCUAAGCGGCCUUCGGAUACCUCCUGA